ACAUAUCUCUAUAAUGACACGCGCUGCCCAAUAAUCGUAAAGAUUACAGCGUUUUAUUACUUUUAUGAACUUUUUGGAUCUCGUAUGUGAAUAUGGGUUAUCAAGCGAUCACUCUGAAUCAAUUCUAGAGCUCGUGAUGUAUGUAGUGUUGGAGAACGAUACGAAGGAUGUUGAGAAUCACAAAGUUGACGAGGAUCCUAUAACGAAGAUUAUCGGAGCUAUUGGAAAAUGGCAGAUUUGGAUAUGUUUUGUCGUGUUCCUCGUCAAGUUUCCCGUCGCAUGGCAUCAAAUGAGCAUCAUAUUUCUUGCGCCACCGAUGAAUUUUACGUGUUCCCACCCCGCUGAAGAAUUUGACAAUGUCUGCCACGCAAAUUGCACUGAUUAUGAGUACGACCAUAGCGUAUUCAAGGAAACCAUCGUCUCACAAUGGGACCUUGUUUGCGACCGACAUUGGCUGAAGAACUUGACUCAAACCAUAUUCAUGCUCGGCAUUCUUGUUGGGAACAUGAUGUUCGGUCAUCUCUCUGACAGAUUCGGAAGACGAAUGCCAUUUCUCGCUGCGGUGUUUCUUCAGUUAAUAUCUGGCGUGACAACUGCUUAUUCUGUCAAUUGGUAUAUGUUCACAACCCUUCGAUUUUUCCUUGCUGUUGCCACUGGAGGAACCAUGGUCACGAGUUUUGUCCUCACCAUGGAGCUAAUCGGAGCAAAAUACAGAGAAACUGUGGGAAUUAUCUAUCAAAUACCAUUUAACCUGGGACAUCUUACUCUGCCUCUCUUUGGAUAUUAUCUUCGUGAUUGGAACACGUUUCAACUAGCCAUAUCGUUGCCAUCAGUUAUAUUCCUAAGCUACUAUUUCUUACUACCCGAAUCACCAAGAUGGCUCCUAACUGCUGGCAAAGCGGAUGAAGCUGUGAAAAUUUUGGAAACUGCUGCCAAGAGAAAUGGUCGGUCAAUAGAAAACAUCGCAUCUAUGACGCAGAAGAUGGUAGUGGAAGUUACUAGCAAAUCUGAUGACCACGCUUCGUUCUUAGCUCUAUUCCGCACUCCUAAGCUUCGUGCUAGAACUAUUGCCAUCUGUUUCAACUGGUUCGUGUGUGGGCUAUGUUUCUUCGGAGUCUCUCAGUACAUUGGUCAUGUCUCCGGAAACAUCUUUACUAAUGUCGCUAUAUCGGCCGCUAUCCAGGUUCCUGGUACAUUAAUAUCUAUAUACGCUAACAGAGUUUUGGGACGUAAAAUAACUCUUAUCAGUGCCAACUGCAUAACAGGACUGAGUUGCCUUCUCAUCAUAAUCAUACCGCAGUCGGGAGCAAGCCAUUUGACGCUGGGAUGUAUUGGACUAUGGGGCAUGAGCAUAGCAUUCGCUACAGUCUACUUAUACGCUGGAGAAUUAUUCCCCACUGUGGUCAGAAAUUCUGGAGUGGGAUUAUCUUCAACAGUCGCUAGAAUAGGUUCUAUGGUAGCUCCGUUUGUUGCGACCCUCGCUCAUACAUACGCCUGGCUGCCACCUUUGGCAUUCGGAAUAGUACCGUUAAUAGGAGCUGCUCUUUGUAUUAUAUUGCCUGAUACCCGUGGAAAGAAACUGCCAGACACCCUAGAAGAAGGUGAAGCGUAAACUAGGAUCUCCUAAGAGCCAUCUGAGGGCUAACUUUGUUACAUAAAGUAUUUAUAACAUUACGCUAGAUGAAUUUUGUUUGAUUUAUGACAAAAAUGUUACGUACAAGAAGCGUAUUUUUGUUAUAACCAGUGAUAUGUUAUGAAUCUGAUAAUGUUAAGCAUGAUAAUGUAGUAUCUUACGUAUCGUCAUAUCGAUGUAUUCUUCCUCGUCUGCAUUUAGGCGAUAAUAAUGAAGUUCUAUUUAUAUAGGCUGUGAUAAUUAAGAAUUGUUUAUUAAAUUUUGAUAAUCAUA